AGGUCAACGUGACGUUUCAAAGAUAAUGUCGCUUAUUCCCUACAGUUGUAGACAUGGCAGCCCUGAGACAGGAGCAUCGGUAUGGGCUCUCCUGCGGGAAAAUCAACAAAAACACCCCAAAUAAAACUCUGUAUCAUGUGAAGCUAACUGACACUGCCAUCCGGGCGCUUGAAGCCUACCAAAAUCUCAAGGGAUCCUUACCAAAUCACCCAGCAAUUUGCUUCAAGGGGAGCCAAGGGUACAUCAAGAUCCCAGCCUCGUCCCCGGAGUCUCCUGAUGCCCUGCGAAUCUUUUCCUUCUACCUGUCCAGCGACAGCAAAGAUAAACCUCAGGCCAGCUUUGACUGCAUUCACCAGUAUAUCUCAGGGGAGGGCAGGGAACACCUGGAGGGGCAGGGCAGUAUUCAGGACAAGAUCACGGUGUGUGCCACAGAUGAUUCCUACCAGAUGACACGGGAGAGGAUGUCCCAGGUGGAGAAGGACAUCUGGAGCCGCUCUGCCAUCGAGAUCAAGCCCGGCUCCACACGUCCCAGUAAAUGUGUGAAGAUCCAGAAGAAGCCAGGCCUGUCGAUAGGCACAGACAUCAGCAACAAGCACUCCCCCAGCAACAAGAAGAGCAAUGCCCCUAGUCUUUUGGUCCAUAGGUCACUGAGGGAACGCAUUAUUCACCUGCUAGCCUUAAAACCCUACAAGAAGCCUGAGCUAUUGCUAUGGUUGGAGAGAGAGAAGUCUGGUCCCAAGGACAAGGCCGACCUGAGCUCUGUACUAGACGAGAUUGCAAAACUGAACCCUAAAGACCACAGCUUCACUUUGAAGGAUGAGUUGUACAAGCACGUUCAAAAGGAUUGGCCAGGGUACCUCGAGGAAGAGAAACCGCUGAUCCAUAGGCUUCUGGCCAGAAAGCUCCAGCCACUUGGAAGUAGCCAGUCAAAGAGUUUCCAGUCCUGUAAUUCAUUCCUUAAAACAGCAGGGAAUUCUCCUUCACAACUCAGCCCUGUCAAGAAUCUCCCUGUGAAACGUCCCGUGCACUCUGACCCACCGGAUUGUCAGACUCCUAAGAAACAGAGGCUUCUAGACCAGAGUUUACCCUUGCAGUCUCCCUCCCAUGGACAUAUUGGCCCCAAUGGGGCUCGUAGCACCCCUGCUCAAGGAAACACUAGUGUACAGACUAAAACUGAGUUUGAGAGGACAAACAACCACAUCCAGGGGAGCCCGAACAGUCUCUACACACGGCACAAACUCAGCAGCUCCUCAAGUACUCCUAAAGCGGAGCGGACAGAGCAGGCCCCGGCAGCACCCAGCCCCAAGCCCUCACAGACUCCCAUUUGCACUGACCAGCAGCUCACCAACAGCCAACACAAAAAGAAGAAGUCCAAAAAGCACAAAGACAAAGAACGGGAGCGCUUAAAAGCGGACUGGGAUGAAAGCAGCCCUGACCUGAAGCACAAUCAGGAAAAUCUUAUUGACCAUGAGAGGACCAAAACACCUGUCGCUCGUACCUCACCUGAAGAGCUGCCUGAUUAUUUAAUGAAAUACAACACCAUUAAAGCAUCAGACCAGCGUCAACAGUAUAAGGAGGAUUUCUGUGCAGAGUACGAUGAGUACAGAGUCCUGCAUGACCGCAUUGGCACUAUCACUGAGAUGUUUGUUCAGCUGGGCUCCAAGAUCAACACUCUUUCCCCUGGAACACAAGAAUAUAAGCUUAUGGAGGACCAAAUCCUGCAGAAAUACAGAAAGUAUAAAAAGAAGUUUCCUGGGUACCGGGAUGAGAAGAAGCGAUGUGAAUAUCUGCAUCAGAAACUGUCACACAUAAAAGGUCUCAUCCUGGACUACGACCAUACACAGACACACUCAUAGCUACUGGCCUCCACCCUCCCAGGGUGCUUCUAAUGGACCAAAGGUCUCUUCUCCACACCCUUGUGGACCGAAAGGAGGACCUGGAAUCACACAUUCACUUUACUCCUCCCAGUGGAAAAGGAGCGCAUGGUUCUUUUGUUGGAAGUGGGGCCCAUACCAGCAAUUCAUGAUGUAAUGAAGCCCUUUAAUGCCAGAUUGUUUGAGAAUGAGUGCUGUUGUAAUGGCUGGAAUUUUGUGCUGUGUAAAUGGUUAGCUUGGCAACCGAAUUAAAGCUACAUCCACAUGUCUACCUAGAACACAAAAUAGUAAUAGACAUAACCUCUCUGGCCCUAAAGCUUUUAACGUUUUGUCUACUCCUAUGACACAUAAAGGCCCAUUGGUUUGAGGCUACAAUCACGUGUAUAGAUGAACCCAAACUUCUAAUACCCAGUUAUUUAAAAACAUAUAAAUGUUAUAUUUAAGUCCUCUGUACAAUUUGUUGUUUGCUGUAUCAUUGAUUGUAUGAUUGUAAGAUAAAGGAUAGAGAAUAUUGAGUCCUAUGGAGAGGGUUUUAAUCACUGGUUGCAGAAACUUGGAAAUAGGAUCCUGUGAAAAUAUCUCAGAACAUCUAAAGAGGAAAAUAUCAAGUAUCGAAAAUGUUAGCUUUUUAAGAUUAACUUGAUCAAUAUCCUUUAUCUCAUGCCAUAUUGCACCUCUUCUCUUGCUCUUGAAACAGCUCUGUUGGAAUAUUCUAUGGUAACAUGUAUUCCAAGCUUUUUGGAUGAAAUGCAAUUCUGUACAUUCAACUCAUGGUUUCAUUCAAGAUUUGCUAGGACUGAAUGGAUUGUGAUGUGAAAUCAGUGAAUGUUACUUUCCAACAUUUAGCAACUGGAUGUGUUUGAAGAGAUGCCUUCAUUCUAACUGGAUCGUAUCAACUUAAACUAUAUGUAUGUAUCUGUCAGUGACACAAUUACUAGUGAUUUCAUAUAGCUCAUGCAGUGUCUUAAAGACAUUAUUUUCCAAUACAGUAACUUCUAGCAACAUUUGAAUAUGUGGGGCUGCCAGUGAACACUAUCUUACUACUUAAGUGCUGUCUUAAUGAUGGGUGGAAAUGGGAAGAAACGUUUUGCCUUACAGUAACAUACCCGUCGCACAUUUCUAUUUUUGUGAUACUGUACAUGCUCCCUGAAACCUCUCAUCUCAGUUUUGUUUAUCUGCACAGUUGAAAUGAUCUGAUUAUUUGUAUUCUUUGUUUUUAGUCUAAGGAAAUAAUGAAUUAAGUUAAUGGAUGUUUGCAAGGAUGCAUUUGUUUGUCUCAUUUGUAAGUGUUAGUGUAUUUUAUCAAGAAAGUCUUAAUCAUUUGUGUAUGUCGUAGGGUUUUUGU